AUGACAGUGAACCGUGACCUUUUCCUAUUUCUCAAAUCGUACUCUUCUGGUGCUGCGGGGAUACUUCGAAAGAUAUCAAGCGUAGGACACAGAACGCUUGGGCACAGGGUCGGUUCAACCGCGGCCAAAGUCAUCGCAGUGUCCGCCACCUUUGCUCUACUCCUAAUCAGCCUCUACGCAAUCGGUGCCUUCGCAAAGCUACUGGAAGAGCCCUACACGAAUUUCUUAUACUACCCAGAGGUGGACGCUGGCGAAAUUCUACGUCUAUUCAAAGCGGGUAAAGAGCCGACCUACGGCGUCCUCAAUCCAUACGAGCGCUACGUCUUCACCAUUCGCAACGAGGGCAGGUGCUACACCCUGCAAGAGAAAAGAUCAAACAUGACUCUGCUCUUGGUCGUCAAGUCGGCCCUGAAUCAUCGUUCCCGACGGGACGCCAUCCGCCAGACCUGGGGACAGGAGUACCGCUUCCCUGGCGUGGCUCUCCGACGCGUGUUCAUGGUCGGAGUGGACAGCAAGGACCCCAGCGUACAGGACGCCUUGAACUCCGAGCAGGCAAUCAACGGUGAUUUGGUGCAAGCAGAAUUUGAAGACACAUACUUCAACAACACCAUUAAGACGAUGUUGUCCUUCCGUUGGAUCCUGGAGCAAUGUCCCAACGUUCAUUGGUUUCUCUUCGUCGACGACGAUUACUACGUGUCUGCGAAGAACCUAAUCGAGUUCGUUAAAGACAAGGACGGUUCCAGUGAACGGCUUUGGACGGGAUUUGUGGUCGAGUCCCUCAGACCUCAAAGGCACCUAUGGGGAAAGUGGUACUUGCCCCUGUCCGAGUACCCGUACUCUCACUUUCCUUCUUACGUGAACGCGGGGGCGUACGUGCUGUCAAGGUGCUCGCUGAUUGAUCUGUAUCGCGUUGCGCGAUUCACACCGCAAUUCCGCUUCGAUGACGUCUUUCUGGCAAUCUUGGCAAAGAAGAUUGGUUUGGAGCCGCGUUACAGCAACAAGUUUCGCUACUUCAUCGAGCCCAGAACAGAGGAGGACUUCGCUGGACUUGUAGCCGCUCAUGGGUUUCAUGACCCAGUUCGACUGGUCAAAACAUUGGAGUGGCAGAGAAGACUCGGCCAAGCUUGA